AUGGUUGCUGCUGUGAGCAUGGUGGCAGAUACGCCGUCAUCUCCGGAUACCGACAGCCUUCCAAACGCUGUCUCGGAACUAUCUACGCCUGUUUCGCAGUCGGGCAGAGCCUCUCCAAUGUAUGCUGUCGUGGAAAACCUCGAGGACUCAGCUGCCACCACGCAGAGGAAAAAGAAGAAGAAGAAAUCCAAGAAAUCAUCCAAGUCGAAGGACGCGGCGUCUAAAACCAACGGGAAUGAAGAGGGCAACACGGAAGGCCGUCCUCCUGUUCUAUGCAUCAGCAGGAACAAGCAUUGGAGAUACAUAAGCUCUUAUCACGGCCCGUGGUUGCAAUUACCGUUGGAACUUCUCGACUCACUAUUGACGCUCAAUCUUGAUCCUGCUACCCUGACUGGCCCGGAGACCACUCGCCUUCCGCCUCUACUUCCACCUCCGAGCACACCCUCGAGCAAACAACGCGACCGGACCUUCCAUGGUCCUGGUGACUUUUCUCCACCGGAAUCUCCACGUACCACAUAUUCUUCGCUUCCUCUUCCACCUCCAUUUCCGCCUCCAAAGCCAGGGAAAGCGACGCCGCCACCUAUUGAUCCUGGUGUCUUCCGAUCCGUUAAAAACAUACGCCGACUUAUCGACGAAGCUGCAGAACUUUCCGUUCGUGCUUCAUCUGGGCUUUCGGCGGCCGAACUAGGGUCUAUGAGGUCAAACUCGGGCCUGAGUGGGAGUCCAUGGGCAGCCGCUCAGAGUUUGGGCCUCAAUCCUCUAGGCAAUCCUAACGGAAAUGGCAGGAACGUUGGGAUGUCACCAACGCGUAUCCAUCGAUUACGCGUACUUGCCGUACAGAAGUUGGCUGAAGCAUACAAAUCUGAUGAAAUAGCCUCCAGUGUCAUGGUUAUGCAAGGAGGAAGUGUAUUUGAUGAUGUAGCUGAGCGGGUGCUCAAAACUGACCCACACGAUACGGAUGCGAAAUAUGUUCAUUUCUUCCAUGAGAAGAUACCCUCUCGGCAAUUGGCCGAGUCAACGACUACCCGCGUAUUGGACGAAUUAAUCGCCCUUCAUCCUCAACGUCUACACUACUACCGAACCCGUGGCAUCGUUCACUGUUUCCGCGACGAGUUUAGUCAGGCAACGAAGGACUUCACCUAUGCACUCAAGGAGGCGAGGGCGGUUCGUAAGGCUCAUAUGGCACACCAUAAUAACGGCUCCCAAAGCGAAUCCCGGACCAGCAAAAACAGCAAGCGCCGGAAGGGCAGUUCGGCAAAUCGCACGAAUGGACAAGCUCCUCCGGAUGGCACUAGCACAAUGGAGAAUAAUCUCGACAGUUCGGAUGGGGAGCCUCUUCUGAAACACCCCUCUGUUUUGGACGAUGCUCCUAAUCCUAUUGAACCUCAACUUCUGUUUCUUCGCGGCGCAGCGUACUUGCAGCAUGCCGUCCAUCUCAUCGAGAGUGCCGUCCUCAAGAUCGAAGGCAUUCGCAAGGCUCCCUCUGUAGAUGGCGCCGAGCUCCGAUUGUGCUACAUUGAGAACGGCAAAUACGGAGGAACCGAGAUCGGCAACCCAGACGGCCCUCUGGGCGAGCGGGGCGGAAAGAAAUUGGCCGCAUACACGGAAGUCCUAGGGAAAAAGCCAUUCAGAGAGUGUAUCACGCAAUUACUCAAGAAGAGUCUUCGAGACCACGAGAAGUUCCUUGCACAUUUCGACUCCUUGGAAUCGCCUAAUGCCAUGCCCGAUGGAGACCUCGCUUUUCAGACCGAAUACGCCUUCCUCUUAUCUGAGUCGAUUCGCCCGGGAAAUCAUAACAAUAUGCCACCACCUAUGACUGAUGCCCCAGCGAUGUUUACGACGUACCAUCCCCUACUGGUCGAAUCGAUGUUCAGCGUCCUUAUAUGCCAGCUCAUGCUUGCAGACUUCGCGAAUCUCCUCCCCGCCUUCAUUCGCACUGCCCUGGUUGUCGAUGGACUUGAAGGGUAUCCCAUCUUCCUCCCUCCAAGGUCGAUGUCGCAGGCUGAAUUCAUCGAGGUCCUCGAGCGGCUGGCUGGUGGGUGGAAGGUUGGCGUACAGCCACAUUCGCUGUCUGCUCAGCGGGGUAAGGCGAGGUUGGCCAUCGAGCCGCCGCCUCCUGUUCCUCCAGCAGCGCCUACCAUCAAGCGAAGUGAUUCCUACAAUGAGAGCGAGGAGAAAGAUCGUGUUACGGGUUUUUCGUCCCCAUCUACCAAGAGGAGCGAGACAAGUGGCAUCACUAAUGGUGUAGGCGCAUCGGGCUCUUCCAAAUCUCUCAACGGACAUGCCUUGCAAGCAGACUACGCUCUGGAUGACUUGAUUCAUGGAAGUACUGCCUCUUCGUCACGAUCCACCACCAGGAAGAGCAGCAUGUCUAAUGGUAUUGGACCUUCGACUUCAACUUCCAAUGGUCAUAUUCCUGAAAUAAACGGCCUCGACCACGCUUUCGAUGACUCAACUUGUGAGCGUGAUUCGUAUUUCUCAUCAACCGACAGGAACGGUGAGGGUACCAACCUCAAGCCUUCCGGCUCGUGCAACGGGCACGCCUUCCGUGUCGAUUCUCUUCAACAAGCACUUGACGACGAAACCCACCUGGAUCCAUCUGCGUCCCACAGACGCGCCGACGCUGCAGGGGCUCUGGAUUGUGCGAGGAUCCUGCUGGCACCAGUGUUCAAACGCCAGCGCGAACGCGCGGAGAAGGCGGCUGCGGAGAAAGCAUCGUCUGGGGGUAAGAAGAAGCCUGUGCCCAUCAACAUUCCUUUGCAUGGUCCACGAGUGGAGAUUAUCCUGGCGUGGCUUGGAGCUGUCCACUUACCUGAGCUGAAUGCUUGA